GUUUGAGUUGGAUCUUCCUCUCAAUACCGAAAAGAUCAAUUUCCUGUCCACCUCAGGCAAAUAUUCUGGUGGCGGUGUUGGACUGGAUGAUGUAAUACUUGCUGCAGGUUUGUGUGAAGGCUCUAAACUUCUAAACUGUAAGUUCAACAAAAUCUCUGAAACUGCCAGAGGUGGCAAAACUGAGAACAUGCUGUGUGAGUAUCAGCAAGACCCUUCUGAUGAUUUCGAUUGGGCAGUUUCCUUUGACACUGGUGACGUGGGUACCAUUGAUGGGUCGGAGGAUG